AUGAGUUCCGCCUGUCCAGCCGGGCUUCUGCUCGGCUCCUCUCUCCUGCUGGUCCUGCUCUGUCCGGCCUCGGCCGGCCCGUGGAUCGACCUCAGCCACACAUACGACAAGACCACACAGUACUGGCCGGGCAACCUCAAGUUCAACCUGAGCGAAGUGUUCAAAGGACAGCUGGACGGCUUCUGGCUGGAGAUGCACAACUUCGCGACAGCGGAGCAUGGCGGCACCCACAUGGACGCGCCCGUGCACGUCUUCAGGGGCGGCUGGACCUUGGAGAAGAUCCCUGUCGAUCGGUUUGUGGCGAACGGUAAGCAUAUGAGUGUAAUAUGUCCACUCCGAACAUUGUGA